CAUGGCGGACGAGUUGACAUUUACGUGUGAAGCAGUUGUGAAAUUUCUUUCUGAUAAUGGUGGUAAAGUUAACAAUCACGAAUUAAUUAAGCAUUUUAAGAAGUUUUUAAGUGGGCCUGACAGCCAACCUAAUGCAAGAGUUACUUUCAAAGAAUUUGUCAAUACUGUCGCUACAGUCAAACAAGAAGAUGGUGUCAAGUACGUUGUCCUCAAGAAGAGAUGCUUCAACGAAAAAAGUGAGAGUUCCUCAUCAGACAGCCUCUCCAAAGGAAGCACUGAUCAGACAACUGAAGCAAAAAAAUGCCGGCUAAGUAAUAGUUCGGAAAGUUCUCAGAGUAGCUCGAUUUCGAGUAUUCUUCACAGUCAUUCCAGUCCCUCGAUUUUGGGCUCGCUUCCGUCAUCGGCAGAUCAUUCCAAAACGUCCUCACCUGUCCUCUGGAGCUCUGAUUUACCUCCAGGUCAUGUACCACAGCCACCUCCUAGACGUAAGCAUUCCAUGCGGGGGAAAGAGAACAGAAGUGCCAAAUAUGAAGAAAGCAUUCGACAGAUAAUCGAAGAAAAGGAAGUAGCGGCUAGUCCCAGAAGUGAUGAAAUUAGGGAAAUUGUGAGUCCAGGUAGCGUGAAAGAGAAGGCGCAUCUUCUCAACAAGAUGGCGUCUGAGCUUGAUCUGUCUCAGAAACAAACUCCAAGUUCAGGAAGACGAAGAGAACAUAGAGAUGAUAAGGUCGGAUACGAUGACGAUACUUGCUCCGUAUCUACAUUGGAUCCUCGGAGGAAGGAAUGGAUUGUGAAAUCAUCAAAAUCAGAUUAUCAUGAGCUUGUUCGACUACUGAGAGAAGAACCAAAAUUAGCGUAUGUAAAGGACUUCAUUACAUUUUUUAGUACUUUGCACUGGGCUGCAAAACAUGGGAAUUUGGACGUUAUUAAACUCAUCGCCGGAACCCAUGGUGUAGACUCUAAUUCAAAAACCCGGGGGGGUUACACUCCUUUGCAUUUAGCCGCAAUGUUUGGCAGAGAAGAAAUUAUGGAAAUUCUAAUCAAUACUUAUGGUGCUGAUCCGAGUAUACGAGAUUACAGCGGAAAGCGUGCUCUCCAUUAUUUGCCCAAGAGCCAGGCAGAACGUUUGCUAUCUUUGUUUCCAUCGCUGAAUUUUCCUAUUCAUUUGUGCGGUAAACUCGUAAAUGGUAAAUGUGAUAAGGAACCAGGUUUUAUGAGGAUGGGAUCUUUGAACAGUAAAAUGAAAAAAGGAUCCAUGUUUUCCUCUGGGGGACGAGCCAUCACUCGGAUGAAAAGUUGGGGCUCUGCGGACAACAUACAAGACCGUGCUGUCAAUAUGAUGCCUCCUCCUAAAACUUAUCCCAAGAAGAAGAAAUCUCGCAAACAUGCAGACAUAGUUGCGUUGUCUGAAAACUGGAGGGGUAAAUCUGGUGACUCUGACUCUGACAGUGCGUCUGGUGUGAUAUCGUAAAGUUUUGCACAUAGGAAUCAAAUGUGUCGUGUCGAUUUUGCACAAUGUCAAAUUAAUUAUACAGACUAUUUUUGCAGCUUUUGGUUUAAAAAAAAAUAUAUUCGAAGUUUUACUUUACUUUUUAUGCUUUUAUGGGAGAGAUUAGCUUUAAGAAGUUAUUUUUAAUUUAUACUCAAUGCUGUAGUUGGAGGGGGGGGGGACGCUGUCUCCCGAAAUAUUUUUUUUUUACUGUGAAAAUGAUGUAAAUGUAACGUUAAUUGGUUUUAAAUCACCUUUCCUUUGGUGAAUCCCCUUUACCCGAAUUAAGUUCCCCAAAACCUUUUUUCUAGCUCUUUUUUUUUUAAAUUCUUAUUAAUGAGCAGCUUUGGAAAUACUCGCAAAUUGGUUAUCAACUUACACAAAAUAGUUUCAUUUUCGACGAAAAUUCAUUUAUCUGUUUCUUAAUUUUUUGCUACUAUUUUAUUAUUUUCAUGUUUUACUAAAGGAGUUGUGUUUGGUGUUUAGACGUGAAAUUUACGUUUGUUCCUUUUUGGCUUUUACAAAUUAUGCAGCAUUGUCAUAUUUUGUUAAAAAAUGUGAUGUGUGCUUGGGCAUUUUUAAAUUUAUAAAUGUACAGCUACUUUUAUUUUGUGCCAUAUGUAUAUGUACAUAAUCACUAUUUUAAAUGAAUUUUAGUGACUGUUUGGGGGUGGGGGGAGGAAGGAAUUUCAAAUUUAGUGAAUGUAAAAAUAGCGUUACGUACGUGCUGAAAUAUACUUUAUUGUUUAUUCAAGAAAAACAAAAAGUUCUCGUCAUUGCAUCACUUAAUUGUCUUGAUAAAAUGCUAUGUUUUCGUUGUAAUUGGUGGCUAUUUAUUUCUUUGACAAACUGACGGAGAGUGGUUAGUACCCAUUACCAUGUUGACUAUGAAUUCAAAAAAAAAAAAAAAAAGACCUCGCUUACUAUGUAGUUCGACAUUCCAUUUGAUGCGGUGGGUUAUGAUGAGGUUCUAAUGUCUUUUAGAAUAUAAUAUGGAAUGUCAAUUAUUAAUCCUUAUUUUAUGCUAAUUUCAUUUGUGAAUAUGUAAAUAAAAAGGCAAAAAUCAUUACAACAUUUAGCACAAUUUUGAAAAUUUUGAUGUGAUAAUUGAGGUUAGAGUUUUGCUUCUCCUUUCUUUGGAAAUCUCUGGACGCUCACUGAGCUAUAUAACUUACUGGAAUUUAUAUCUGAACGCCAUGACAUCUUUACAUGCCUUGAUGGCAUGUAAAAUAUGCUCAAGUGGUUGUAACAAAGUUUCAAACAAUCAUAUUCAGCACAAUUAAUUAUUACCAGGUUAAAAUUUUUGAGAUUUAAUUUCACGUUUCCCUUCGUUC